CUGCUCUUGCACUCAAGUCAUUCACUCAUGGCUUAUGGCUUCAUCACUCCCUCCCUCUGCCAUUCAAUUCAUCCUCUCAACUUCCAGCACUCUCAUCAUUCCCCACUCACCUUUCCCAACUCGCCCUGCAGUCCUCGUGCAACCUUUGACGUCUUCGCUUAUGUCCCUCCUCAAACUCGCCCUCUGCUGCCUCAACCUCUGACUUGUCUGUUCGUUUAGACCUUCCCGCCGUCGAGCCAGGACCCGGUUACCAUUUGCUCCCCCGACUCAAGCCGCUCGACCGCCCAACCUCCCACCAAUACCCGUGACGGCGAUGAUCCCCCGCAGGUCUUACUCGACGCCUCCUUGAUAUCAUCCUAUUUGACUCACCACCUCAUCGGCCCCCAAUAACGGUUUUUCUUGUAUGAAAUGAUCGAGCUCUCUGCAAUUGGUUUGGCGGUGGACGAGCCCUGGCCGUCACCCUAACUUAGUCCCCGCUUUAGCCAGCAAUCAUCAUCCUACCCACCAUUCCAAAACCACCCCGACCAAGAAAAAACUUCGGAUAUACAGGCAGUUCGAAUUCCAAGUCGCAAACAAAAGCAAACUUUUUGACUCUCUGCAUUCUCCCACAUCUCGCACCUCCAUCCUAUGCCGAUACCAUUGUUGUUUCUCAAAGAUUUUGUCACACUUGAUUGCUUCUCGCACUGCCCCUCCAGAUAACCAAAAAGUCCCCCCAUUUACCCCCACAAGCCACAUCAUCAAACAUCCCACCAAGGUCCCAGUUAUUCAUCGAAUCCUUAUACCCUUCAAGCUCUCCCACGCUCCGGCUUUGGCACAAGGGAGGAAAGAAGGAACAUUGGUCAACCAUCCAGAUCCCAAAAUCACGUUGCUUUCCGACGCCCUUCCCAGAUUCGCUCUAUUUUACUUCCCAACUACCAGCACCGGGAAGCCCCUCCCUGCUUCAAGGGACUUGGACCUGCAUCUUCUGCGUUGGACCUCUACACAAGUCACCGCAGUCUGGUAUACCUUUCUCGCCUUUGAUCCUAUCUACACUGGUCAGGCCAUUUGGCGAGACCCUACACUCUCACACCGUCAUUCAGCAUAAUCACGGUCCGAACCGAAUCUGACGCAUGCACUUGACUUCCGAGAGUGUACUUUUGCACUUCCAGGACUGAAGCUCGCAACCCAGAAGGAGCACAUCUUUCCAAAGAAGGACCCUGUGUUCUCUGUCAUGUCAUCGCGAUCCUGGCCCCUCGCAUGAUGAACCAGCUUCCACAAUCAUCAUGCUAUUCGAACCUGGCUCUGUCCCUCGAGGACCUCCUAUCGAAACCAAAAAAGCCUUGAUCUUGCUCGACUUUCAAAAUGACUUUGUGAAACCGAACGGAAACCUUCCCGUCAACAACGUGGAACCCUUUUUAUCCAAUUUACUAUGCCUAGUAGACGAAUUCCGCGCCAAGGGCCAAGUGAUAUGGGCAGGCACCGAGUACAGGCAGUCUCGCUCGACUAUCUCUUCCGUGACGGGGUCUCACUCUAUCAUCCUGAAACACCAUCUUCAGCGACAGGAUUUGGCCGAAGAGAGCAGUGAGUACUACAACGACCCAGGUCACACACGCUCACCUCGCGAAGAUCCCCUGGCACCCUCGCCGAACCCAGAUGUCACCCACGACCGGGAAGCUUUUCUCGCCCCCCUCUUGACCACCACAAAGCACAGAUGCUGCAUGCCCGGCUCAUUGGGUGCCGACUAUUCGGAAGCCAUCAAAGCGGCCAUCGAUCCACAAAGAGACCUGGUCAUGCUGAAAUCCCACUACUCAGCUUUUGAAAGCACAUCCCUUCUUAUGCAUCUCCGAUCCCACCUCAUCACUGAACUCUACGUCUGUGGCUCUCUCUCCAACGUCGGGGUCUACGCAACCGUUCUUGACGCCGUUUGCCACGGUGUCCAGGUCACUCUUGUCGAGGAUUGUCUCGGAUACAUUGAUGAAGCUUGUCAUAUCGAAGCAAUGCGUCAGAUGGCAGAUACCUUGGGCGCAAAUGGAAUCGAUUGCCAGGAGCUGCGUGACGAUAUUGCUGGCCUUCUUGGUGACGUUAUCCAUGAAGAGGACUAUCCUACCAGGUUCCAGGUCAGCCUGCCACCACCAGCUCGUACGACUAGGUCGCAUACCUCGAGAAGGCAGAUCCACGACUGGAUUUCCAGCCUCGAAGGUGAAGAAGCUCGUGCCACAACCGCCAAGCCCGAGGGAACAGUGUCGAAAGAGCUGGAACAGACCGGGGCUAUCCGGUGUGACUCCAACACACCAAGUGAGUCAUCUCGUAGAUCUAUAAGGCAGACAUCAGUUGAGCGCAGUCCUCCCCGGAAAAGAUCAACCAGUGAUCUGGAUCCCCUGGACGAAGAGCGCGUCCUGAAAUUGUCCCAUAAGCCUUCUUCCCAUCGUACCUCGACUCAUGCUGAGCAACUGAAAACCAAGCAGACACAGCAAUCAACACGAAAGCGGCGACCUUCACGCGAAUCAUCAAUCAGAUCUUCUACCCCUACAACAUCAGUCCUGCACCAGACGCUUUCGACCGGGGAGCCAUCUACUCACAAGGAAAUGUCGGAAGCUGAUCCAACAGAGGCCGAAAAUCCAAGCCUCGAGGCCAAACAAGGAAAUGGUCGAGUAACUCCAACAAAGAAGAAGAAGAAGAUAACACCAAAGAACCUUGGCCCCGGUGAUACUCUAGGAGAGGGUGAUUGCGAACUCUAUACAGGCCUCCUCGAUCAAACAGAAGCUGAACAGGCCUUUUAUUCCUGUAGAAACGAUAUCAAGUGGCAGAAGAUGUUUCACCGAUCCGGCGAGGUACCUCGACUUGUCGCUGUCCAGGGAUCCAUGUCUAAGGAAGGGACGGAGGUUCCGAUCUACAGGCAUCCAGCGGAUGAAUCUCCAGAGUUAUUGCCUUUCGAUGCAGUGGUUAACCUGCUGCGGAAAGCUGCAGAAAAGGUUGUCGGCCACCCUUUGAACCAUGUCCUGAUUCAGUGGUAUCGCCACGGCGAGGACAACAUCUCUGAGCAUUCUGACAAGACUCUCGACAUUGUUCGGGGGUCUCGAAUUGUGAAUGUAAGCCUGGGAGCACAGAGAACCAUGAUGUUAAGGGCAAAGAAGUCUGCUCUCAAACCGGCCGUUCCGAAUGAAGAAUCAGAUGGUGCCAGACCUUCUCAACGAAUCCCUCUUCCUCACAACUCUCUUUUCGUCCUCGGCCAGGAGACCAAUCAGCAGUGGUUGCAUUCCAUUCGAGCCGACAAACGACCUAUCUCGGAAAAGACGCCCGCCGAGCUCGCUUUCGACGGAGAGAGAAUCAGCUUCACAUUUAGACAUAUUGGAACAUUUAUCAAUCUGGCUGACAACACAAUCUGGGGCCAAGGGGCGACAAGCAAACGGCGCGCGGAUGCUAAGCCUUUAUUGACAGGAGCCGAGGCAGAAAAAGAGGGCGAAGCCAUGAUUCGAGCUUUUGGACAGGAGAAUCAUCGCAGCGCAGAGUGGAACUGGGAUGAGUGGUACGGACAGGGCUUCGAUGUGGUCAACUUUGAGACCAAAACGGCGGAUGAGGCCAAUGCAGCCAAUGAUGAUCUUGGGAGCAAGACAAAGGGCGAGAAGAGGAAGAUUACCGACGACAGCGAAGCUCCAUUGAGAGCUGGUUCAGCACCAUUCUGAGAGUCACGAAUGCCUUCUCACCUACACAAUAGCUUCACAGCAGCCUCGCACUGAAACUAUGCUGAAGCGCUGAGGCGCAUGAACGGUGACAAUAGUCAGCUUCUGACAAAUUUCGCCCCCAUCUCACUGGGUGAGCACGACGGAAAGCCCCGUUAUUGGGACAUCUUUCUUGACUUAGCUUUGUCUGAGACAAACCGUUGUCAGCGCCCAGGCCCUGAAUCGCAGUCCAAUAUUUCUUCCGAGCAAGGAAAGGCUGGGCAAGGUGACGGGCCACGGGAUCAUAUAGCCCUCUAGCUAGGAGGUCGAAACGUCAAAGGCAGCAGCUUGGCUAUGCUCGAAGGCGUCACCAACAAUCGAAGCUAAAACGUCAAUGCAUGCAUGGCUACGAAUCGAUGUUACAAGAGGCCAUCGUCUCUCAGAACAUAUACUUCUCUUCAGAAGUUAUAGGCGAUCAAUAGCGGGAAUGUUCGAUGUUGGCCAGGCACUCUUGCCUCGAAUUGCCUCGAAGAGAAAUUCUGUGGAUGGUCAUGACACACGACCGAGCUGAGUUUGGACUGAGCAACACGCUGGCUAAGUGACCAUGGGAGGGACAAACUACUCACACCCGAUUGGAAUACCUCGUGGGGCCAUUAUUACGGCAGAAGGAGAUUCCUAUCUCGGGCUUUUGUAUGUAAGGAGAGACGGCAUAUGGCCCACCCGUUCCGCCUGAUCCUAUUCCUUCGAUCAGUCAACCCUCCCCUCGCCUCGUCUGCCGUACGCUACGGCGCGACAACCGUCACAACCAGACUGAGAUCGGGCUUGGAAAUGGGGGAUCGGGAUACUAGAAUCAGGAACGCGGCCUCUAGCGACUAAGGGCAGGACAUGGGGAAUCAGGGCAUUAUUGAAAAACCGAAAUGGCACCAUGAAACGGGACACAGAAUCCGCGACGCGAAACGGGGACGACGACAAACUUGGGCUCUCACGCCGAAUCAACGGAUCGACCUAUUUGUGCGCACGUUGCAUAAGAAGAGCGGGAACGGGAUAAUCAGCGGACUGGACUGGACCGGAUGGGACUGGCAUUGGACGGGACUCGGAAUGGGACGGGCAUGGACUGGAAUGAAUGGGCUGGUUGCUUGAUCGGGACCGGGAUCAGACGGAGGAACCAUUGCAUCGAGACGCUCGCCUGGGGCUGUACAUUGAUACGAGCAUGAAGGCCACGAGUCACGAGAAAUGAGACAUGAGGCAUGAAGGAUGAAGGACAAAGCAUCAAGCACAGAGCACGGAACAUUGGCGCUAGACGCUUUGAAGG